AUGGUUGGUGGGAAGGGGAGUGUGGGCUUCCGGCAGCUGCUGGAAGCUUGUAGGGAUAGUAAAUUUGUAGCUUUAGGUUUGGGGGUGAAUGUAGUGGACGGUUUUAAGCUGAGCCCGAUUGGACGAAUGUUGCGCAAUAAUCUCAGAGAUGAAUUUAGACGAGGGGAAGCUGGAACAGCGGUGUACGAAGGAAGUUCCGGGAUUCCGAUGCGGGAGAACCUGAGCUUUGUAAAGGAAACAUUUGAUCCGAAUUCUGGACCAAGGUCACACGCUCUCCUGUCGAUACCUGAUCAACCCGUGGCCACGCUGCAGAUCGUGCUGGAUGCGUUUGAAAGUGGCGGCGAUGCAAGCGUGAGGAUUCACCGCAAGCUGGCGCCGUUCAAGUGUGGCAUCGUGUGUCUUUCCGACAACCCCGCCCUGAUGCCGGAGUUGCGCGACCUGGCCAAACAUCUGUGCAACGUGCUGCGCAAAGCGAACCUUCCCGUGCUCGACUGCUCCGAGCGUAACGGCGAUCGUUCCCUUUUCAAACAGCUGCACCACCUCGACUCGAUUGCCGUCCCGUACUGCCUGCUGCUGCGCGACCAGUGUCUCCAGAAUGGCCUCUUUCAGCUGCCCUCAGCGAAACGAUUCACAUCUCGGAUUUACCGCAAUAUUUAUUGAAAAUAGUAACAAGUUUAGUUUAAUAAAUACAAAUACACGCAAGCGCAAGUUUAGAAGAAAUCG